AUGCAAAGAUGCUCCUCUGAAGCUAGAGUAAGGGAUUGUCCACCUCACCGCCCCGAAGAGCAGUGGCUUUGUUGUUUUGCACGCCUACAGAGAGAUAUUCCAAAAGUACCGACGCUCAAUCGAAAGAAAGAGCAAUCAACUAUAUGCUUAACUCAUGCCCCAGGAAUCCCUAGACACAGGGGGUACAAUAAAUUCUUUUACUGGAUUGAAAGCAGGGGAAAAGCAUAUAGCGUGCGGGCUCAGCUCUCGCCCCCCCCGUGA